UCUCCUGUGAUCCUGCACUUGUGUUGCCUGAUACUGAUUCUGCACUCAUUAGUACUAUAUCGGUCUGUGAAGAACCUCCACUCUCAUUCAUACCACCAGUCCACCAAACCUCUACAAACACUUCCUGUGCAUAUGGGCAGGUACCGCAAACUGCUACUGUCGAGGAUACAAGAAAACAGCAUGAGUUGCUUCUUCUUGCUUUAAAACUCAAGCAUGGACUGACUGAUGAAGCUUUAGAAGACACACUUAAAGUUGUUAACGUUAUAAGUCAGAGGCAUGCUGCGUCAUCUACCAAACAUCACUUUUACAGAACUUUUGAUGACUUGAAAAGAAAUAUUCAGUUUCACUACAUAUGUGAGGGAUGCACAAUUUCUGUAAACAUUGAGGGAGAAAAAGUGGUUUGUCCUAAUUGUCAGUAUUCUUGUAGUGUAGCCGAUCACAUGAAACAGGGGCACUUCUUUAUUGUUUUUCCACUAGAAUCACAAUUAAGGAAUAUGAUGGAACAAGAGGAACUCUUCAGCCAGUUGACUAGGCCUAACAGUGCUGCUCACUCUAGUCCACUGACAGAUAUCACCGAUGGUGAGCUUUACAAGAGGGUUAACAGAAAUAUUGAAGGCCAAUCUGAGCAUCACGUCAAUCUCACACUAACCUUUAGCUGUGACGGGGUACCUGUGUUUAAGAAAUCUUCUUACAGUAUUUGGCCACUUCUCUAUACAGUCAAUGAAUUACCACCUGAUUUGAGAGCAAAACAAGUGAUGUUGGCAGCCUUAUGGUUUGGUCCAUCAAAGCCAAACUGUAACACAUACUUAUCACCAUUUGUGAAAGAAUGCAAUCAAUUGCUUACUCAUGGGUUUGAGUGGAUCAGUGUAAAUGGUAUUCAUGGCCGGUCCAAAGUAUUUCCCUUGGUUGCAAUAUGUGAUUCUGUUGCGAGACCGAUGAUUCAAAAUUUUAAGCAAUUCAAUGGAGAAUUUGGAUGUUCUUACUGUUUUCAAAAAGGUACAGUCGUUGAGAAGGGUCAAGGUCAUGUACGGGUCUAUCCUUUUGAGUCUGAUACUGAAAGCAGAAAUCAUGGUAGCAGCCUAGAUUUUGCUCGAGAGGCUAUAGAAAAUCGCACUACUGUGAAAGGAGUGAAAGGACCGUCUAUUUUGUCCUUGAUCCCAUCAGUUGACCUGAUACAAGGUUGCGUACCUGACUACAUGCACGCCUGUCUUCUUGGUGUUGCAAGAUCUAUGACUUAUAUGUGGGUUGGAAGUGGCAAUCAUGAAAAUCCAUGGUAUGUAGGAAGAUGUAUCCAAGUGAUUGAUCAAAAACUUCACCUUAUUCAACCACCCUCCUGUGUCUCGAGAGUGCCUAGAUCACUGCGAGAGAGAAACUAUUGGAAGGCGCAUGAGUGGUACAUGUGGCUUUUCUACUAUAGCAUCCCAGUGCUUAAAGGGAUCUUACCAGAGUGCUAUCUAAUCCACUGGACACGGUUUGUGAAGGCUUUGGCAUUGCUCUUAACUGAAAGUGUCACCUUGCAACAAAUUCAGGAAAGCAGAUAUCAUGCUUAGGAGAUUUGUGAUGGAAAUGGGGGAUCUCUAUGGUAUACAAAACAUGUCCUAUAAUGUCCAUCUCUCUCUUCACCUUGCACAAAGUGUGCGAAACUGGGGUCCUUUAUGGGCUCAUUCAGCUUUCACAUUUGAGUCAUAUAAUCACAGCCUGCUCAAAAUGAUCAAGAGCACACAAGGGGUCCCUUUGCAGAUUGCUAAAACAUUUCAGUUACAAAAAGGUCUGCCCUUAUAUGCCCAGAAAACACUGUCAAAUGCAUCGUCUGAAUGCAUUUCGGCCUUUGAAGACUUAGUCAGUCCUACACACACCCAGAGUGCAAUAAGGUGUAAAGAGGUCAUUGCACUUGGAGGCAGACAUGAGAAAGUAAGACUUGAGCAAGAUGACUACCUUGCCCUCCACAAUGUAGCUAAUCACAUAGAGAGAGAAUUCUCGUCAGUUACCGUGACAGGGCAGUGAUUAAUGGUGAAGUUACGCACUCUAAAAGACAUUCGAGAGAGAGAAAGAGAAACUCGCAUGUUGUAGUCCUCACAGAUAACAGUAUUUUCAGUGUUGAUAAGUUUGUUGUUGCAGACUUUGGAAGUGGGGAACACUGCUAUGCCAUAGGACAUUAUUUUGAAACAAAGCGACACAGUUUUUUUUGCUUCAUUGUCAAACCCACACCACUUUGUUGCUGUUGGCAAAAAGUUGGGGCAUCUGACAGCUGUUCCAGCUGCAGUUAUUCAGAGAAAGUGUCUCUUUAUGAAUCUUCCAAACCUGAAGGUUAAUUAUGUUUUUAUGUUUUUGAAUCGUAAUGAGUUGACGAAUUGAUAAAAAAAACGAAAGGGGUCAUCGAAUGCAAAACAUUUUUACCCAUGCAGACCAAAUGGUGAAAACACAUUCUUUAUAGAGUUUUCGCUUGUCAAUGAAAUGCUAAAUGAUAGUUAAAAAGAAUAUUGUCUAACUCUGAAUACCUUGACAUGAAUUGUUUGUACUUGUCAAAAUGUCAUGUAAUGAAAUGCCAGUUAAUAAUAGAAAUGUUGUAUUUACUUGUCUGAAUAGUUUGAAAAGAUGAUACUUAAUGUCUGAAUACCUCAAACGCCAAUAUUUAAAAUAGUCAAAAUGUACUGUUUUAUAUAUUAUAUCUGAAUGUCUAUAGUUGGAGAUAUUGUGUCUGUAUUGUGUGAAUACCAAAUAUAGUAUUUUUAGUACAAUAAUUCAGUGUUUUCUUUGUCAUUUUUGACAAAUACAUCCACAAAGUACCAUAACCAUAUGCCACCACUUUAAAAAUGCAUCAGUAUCACAUGCAUGUAUGUUUACAUACAUAUUUGUUUUCCACAUAUUUAAAAUGUAUGUAACAUAUUUAUACUUAAUGUUGUCCAUAUA